GUCCAGGCAGCUGGAGCAGCGCCUCAUAGCAGAGGGGACACCUGCCAUAUCGGAGGAGCCACCGCAGGGGUGAAGGAUGCUGCUCUGGGUGUUCUUCCUGGUGAUCCUCACCCUCGACAGUGGCUCCCACUGCUCCCCGCCAUCCCUGCCCCUCAGAAUGCCUCGGUAUGCAGAUGCCAUCUUCACCAACAGCUACCGGAAGGUGCUGGGUCAGCUGUCUGCCCGCAAGCUACUGCAGGACAUCAUGAGCAGGCAGCAGGGAGAGAGAAACCAGGAGCAAGGAGCAAAGGUACGGCUUGGCCGUCAGGUGGACAGCGUGUGGGCAGGUCAAAAGCAGAUGGCGUUGGAGAGCAUCCUGGUGGCCCUGCUGCAGAAGCACAGGAAUUCCCAAGGAUGAGGAUUCCACCUGUGUCUCAUGCCACCUGCAGCCAAAACACAACUGCAU